CACCCUGUUACUUCGACAGCCUGCACGAUGCUCUCCCGCGUCUCCAAGGGCCUGGCGCGGCCCGGCUCGCGCCUGUUGAGCGGCGCGGCAGGCAGCGAGAAGCUGGCGAUGGUCGGCAGCGGCAACUUCGGCUCCGCGCUCGUGCGCAUCCUCGGCCAGAACGCACUGCGCCACGACAUCUUUGACAAUGAGGUCAAGCUGUACGUGUACGAGGAGAUGAUUGAUGGCAAGCCGCUCACCGAGAUUAUUAACGAGACCAACGAGAACGUCAAGUACCUCAAGGGGGCCAAGUUCACGCCGAACGUGAAGGCGGUGCCCGACCUGGCCGAGGCGGUCAAGGGCGCGACGAUGGUCUGCUUCUGCCUGCCGCACCAGUUCCUCAAGCCGCUCAUGCCCACCAUCAAGGAGUCGGUGGCGCCGGGCGCAAAGGUGCUGUCCGCGAUCAAGGGCAUCGACUUUGACGACAAUGGCGUGGUACUCAUCUCUGAUCUGCUGCGCCAGGGCCUCAACGCGGACUGCUCGGUGCUGAUGGGCGCGAACGUGGCCAACGACAUGGCGUCGGACCAGUUCUGCGAGACGACCAUCGGCUACAAGGACGCAAAGAACGGCGAGCUCUUCAAGCUCGCGUUCGACGCCCCCGCCCUCAAGGUUGGGACAGUCCCUGACACGGU